AUGUGUGUGUGGAAUCUGUGGAUGCGACGCGUGCGACCAACCGACAGCACAGAACGUCAAACACUUUCACUGAGGGAGAAGGGGACUGUAGAAAGUGUGAAAUCACUGUUAAGAAAAUAUGCGGUGAAUGUGACUCUGGAUCCUGAUUCAGCUCAUCCAGAUCUCAUUGUGUCUGAUGAUGGGAAACAAGUGAGAUAUGAACCACAAUCAAGAACAGUGAAGGAUGGAGAUCAAAAGUCAAAUAACAAGUUUGAUGAAGAGCUCUGUGUUCUUGGAAAUGAAGGAUUCACCUCAGGGUGUUUUUACUAUGAGGUGGAGGUGAAGGGGUUAAGUGGGUGGUUUGUGGGUGUGGCCAGAGAAUCUGUUAAGAGGAAGGGGUGGAUGUGGCUGAAUCCUGAGAAUGGAUACUGGAUGGCUGGUUUGAGAUGAGGAGAGUAUCAGGCUAGUGAGGGUUUUUCAUAUGUUUCUCUUUCCCUGAGUGUGGCGCCUCAGAGAGUCGGGGUGUUUGUGGAUUAUUAUGAGGGUCGAGUCUCUUUUUAUGAUGUGGAGUCUAUGUGUCAUAUCUACUCUUUUACUGAUCAAUCUUUUAAUGAGAAACUAUAUCCUGUCUUUUGGAAUAUUGACUCUGCACCACUUAUCAUCUGUGAUCUCUAAUGAGAUUUGAUCUAAGAAAUAAAAAUCCUCUCAAGUUUAUUUUGUAACUUGAAAUGGUAUUAUGGUUGUGUUUGUCUUUUUCAGAAACAUGUGAUGAUGAAUGAUGAUGGUAGUUUUUUGUCCCCUAAGAGAAAUUAGUUUUGUGCAUACAUACAUGUGAUGCUGUAUAACAAAUCAAACACAUGAAUAACAAUCACACAGUUGUGUCAUUCAUCAGUUUCAUGACCAUAAGAUCAAAAGAGUUAUUGUAGAGGUUUUAUCUUCAACAUGUGUGAUCUUGUCUAUGAAAACCCAACUAAAGUCAUUAAAUUAAUGUCUAUAAAACUGCAGUGGAAAGAUUUGUUGGCUGUUGUGAUAAGAAUACUUUUAGAUUAAUGUUAA